AUGACUGAGUCCGCUACAGGUGUCUUGAAUCGUGCGAUCACGGCAAUGGCAACCAUCGAAGUACGGCUCAAGGAGAAAAGCAUCGAGGAUGCAAAGCUCUACUGGGUGCAGAUGCAGCAGAAACGACCUUGGAAGCCCGAGAACCGAAUGCCUCCCAUUCCCGGCAUCAGCAUUAGCUACCUCAGUGGCCAAGAUCAGGCCGAGACCAUUGUAAAAAUUGGCACCGUCCAGGUGAACAUCUCCGGCGAGCGCGACCACAAUUGGGAGGACGCCUGGACCCGAGCAUUGACGAUUGGCGGCGCAGUUCACUUGCUGAUUGUAGGCGACGCAGGCGGCGCAGUUCACUUGCUGAUUGUAGGCGACGCAGGCGGCUUGGACGAACACCUUGUCAACGAUGUGCUUAUCGUUGCCGGCCAGGCCGGCCUUGCAUACGUUGAUGUAAAAGCUCUUAUCGAGGCAUGGCCAAGCGACAGCCACGCAAUAGCCUUUACACAGCAGCCGAACCAGUUCAUCUUGGCGCUUCCUUCCACGGCCGACGAUAUUAACAGUAUUCUGCGUCACAGUGGCGAAACUUUUAUUUGUGAAAGUCACAUCUAUUACAGCGGCCACGGUGACACGGAUGGCUCCUGGACCACUCAGGCUGAGGAUGCGCUGUCCCCGGCGCGUGAGGUCGACGCAAACCCGGCGCUUGGUCGCCUCGCCGCUUUUUUAUCUAUUACUCAAGAAAUGCCUCUUGAAGAAGUCAAAGAUAAGAUGGAGAGCUGUCUGUCUGACCCGAGCAAUUCGUUCAACAGUGCUUUGACAAAAAGCCUUGUGCAACUCAUCCAAACAGAACAUCGCGCGUUUCCUGAUUUGAAGGUGGAGACGCAGGUUGGCACUGCAAUGCUGCACAUGGUGCCGUACUCAUUCGGCUGGCUGGAUGCCUCCGGGGCCUUUUUUGACCUCUACAACCUUCAAGACAAAGUUGCCAGUAUCAAGCCCAAUGCUGCUUUCUUGCAGCGAGGUAAAACGCCAACCGCCAUGACUCGCGAAGCGGUCGAGAGCAAGCAACUGCACAAGGCCAAAGCACUGGAGAUUUACAUCUUUGGCGCUGGUCGUGGUGAAAGCUCUUUCGUGCGUUUUCCCGGCUGUAACCUCCUCAUUGACGGCGGUAUUCACAAGAACCCACUGCCCUGCUUUUGGCAACUCGUGCGGCGCCUACCAUCUGAUGAGCAAUUGGAUCUCGUUGUAUGUACCCAUUACGACAACGACCACCUGAACGGCCUGCAGCGGCUGCUGGACGAGUGCAAGAAGAACAAGGACCUGAUUGGCAUUGGUCAUUUGUACACCAUGAAGCCUCCAACAAAAAGUAAAAGUAAAAAAGUUGGUCGAUCGAAGUCAACUGGCUCCAAGCUCUGGGUCAGUGCUGUCCAUCUUCUCGGUGAGGACAAAGUGCAUAAUCUUUGCAUUGAUCGUAAGGUCUUCUACCCACCCGAACCCGCAGACUCCAAGCUCAAGCUGGAGGUACAAAUGCUCAGCCCACCCGACGAAGCAACCCUUACGAAGGCGACUGAGCUCAUGGAUGCCGUCGCACGCUCUGCCAGCCCCCCCAACAAGGCCUCUGCCUCACUGUUGGUCACGGCAACGUGGGGCGAUGUGAAACGUCGGGCACUCUUCACUGGUGACGCGCCGAGCCCUUCCGUGGUGGCUGGCCUUAGAGAGGCGACGAAUAUUCAAAAGGACAAGAUCCCACUGGUUUACGCCGAUGCCCCACACCACGGGUCGAUGCUCGAGCAGCCGAAUGCAUUAUUUGAGGCCAUCGAUCCAGAAGUUUUUGCAGUCAGUACAGACGGCACCGGCGGACACGGUCAUCCCGACCAGACUUUCCUGGACGAGAUGAGCGGGAUUAAAGAGAAGGCGUGCUGGUUUAACUACACAUCUCAUGCCCUUCCGGGAACACGCCGUGCCGGAACCUCAGGCACGCGCCAGAACGCAGUGCAGUCCACCUUCCCCAAUGCAAACUACAUUGACAAUCAGGCCAGGGAGAUUGCCACAGCGGCCUUGCGUGUCAUCAUUACAAAGGACUUGAACGUAUCCCAUAGAGUCAACGCGGAUGGUACCGAGUAG